CACUAUUAUUGCUUUCAAUGAUGGGAAAUUUAACUCAAAGACCUUACGAGAAAUUCUGAGUCUUGGGCCUACUUAUUUUGUGAUGAAACUUUUGGAAAGUAUGAUUCUUUUGACAUUGAAAUCUCACAUAGACCAUAGUAUAAUAAUCCUUUUAUGCUUUGGAGAUGUUUGGUGCACGCACACAUAAGAGAUGCACAUGUGCUUUGAGAAUGUUUACGCAGCUUCUGUAUUCAGGCCUUGUCGAGAAGACCAAGCCAAAUGGAGAUUUAAUAUUCUUCAAGAUUUAUGUCAUUGCUCUUUCCGUAUAUGCCGGUGUCCACUUGUUUCUUAGCUUCCUGCUCCAAAUUCCAACGUGCCAUCGGUUGACGAAUCAAUGUGAUCAGUGGCUCCUAAUCCGGUUUGUCAAAUGGAUGCACCAGGAACAUUACUAUGUCGGCCGUGGCAUGUAUGAGAGAACUUCUAGCUUCACCAAACUAGAGUGAAGGGCGUAAAAAUCACAUAUCUAAAAACCCUAACCCAUGGCAAAAGUAGAUCGGCCGUCGCUACCGCCAGAAGUAGGUCUGCUGCUGCCAUGGUCAUUCGUCGACGACGCUGUUGUUUGUGGCUCCCACCAUCCCGUUUAAGUUACAUAUAUUGUU